AUGCGCUUCCGCCCCGACUUUUACCCAUCGGUCUCACCGUCCCAGCACGAGCACCUGCGGCUGCUGGCCAAGAAGUCGGUCGCCGACCUCCUUCAAGUGGCCGCGACCUAUGACGGAUUAGGCGCCCGCACGCGCUUUGAGAUGCUGCCGCCGCUCCACGGCAACCCGGACGUGCAGUCGAUCUGCGGGACCGUCACGCUGCAAGCGUCACUAGAAGACAUUGAGGCCAUCAUGCAGUGCCACGUCGCCAACACGGCCGAGAGCCAAGCGUUUGCAAAGACCGUCGAGACGCACGUCAAGGCAUCGGCGCUCCUUCUGCAGCUGAGCCCGAGCAUGACGAUCAACUGGGCCAUGAUCGAGUCGCAGUCGUCGGUCAUGCGGCACCGCGACUUUGUCUACGUGCAGAGCCGUGAGCACAAGGUCAUUAACGGCGUGGACACGUGGGUGUCGUGCACGCAUUCGGUCAAGAUUGACGGCUGCCCGCCGCUCGACGCGUCGCUCGAGCUCGUGCGCGGCGGCUUGUACGCCUCCGGGUAUGUUUUUUCCGCACACCCAAGUGAAGGCACUGUGCGCGCCACGUAUGUGCUCUCGGUGGACUUUAAAGGCCGGACGCCCCAUGCGUGGACAUCGACGACGCUCAAGAACUGGUGCCACGCGCUCUCGCGCAUGCAGAGCUUCUUUGAUGCGCGCCACGUCGGCCGUCUCUCGAGCUACGUGCGCAGCGACAUGGAGGUCAAGUCAAUCAAGGACGUCGCGUACUGCCACAAGGACAAUUGCCGCAUUUGCGGCGAAGUCGUGUGUCCGUCCUGCACGGAAAAGAAGGAUGUCGCGUUGCCGUCCGGCGUCAGGAAGCUCGCCAUGUGCACGGUCUGCUUGCACUCGAAAUUUGAGCCCGAGAAGCUCUCGCCACGCCUGCGCCAGAGUCGGUCGUGGCCCGACGAGCAGAAUAACGCGCGGCCGCCGCGGCCGCAGCGCUGGAGCCAAGCGCGUGUCUCGACCGAUGCGCUCGACAUUGGUGACUUUACCGUGCCCCGGUCGCGGUCGCUUGUGGUCCACCCGCCGGUCGAGCCCGAGCCGGUUGUUGCUGUUGUUGUUGCCAAGGAACGGGCGACGAGCCAUCGGCGGUCGCGUCAGCGGUCCGUGGACCACGCGUCCUAUGAGGAAAUGCAGCGCGUGUGCCAACCUCGACUGUCGUUUGAAGCCGAUGGCGACGUCGAUCUCUUCGACAAGGUCUUCUAGUCGCCACAAAUAUCGAUGCUAUUUAACCCACAUAUUUCCUGU